UGCGAGUGAUUUCAUUCUUGUUCCUCUCACUCCUCAAAAACAAUAUCUCAACUAUCAAUUUCCUUUUCCCCCAACAAUGUGGCCCUUCCCUCUCUCUUUCCAGCCGGACCACCGCAACAACAUGCUACAACCGCAGCCCCCGCUGCCACAGCACCACCACUCACAUGCUCAACCCCACCAGCAUCAUAGCCCGGCUUCAAGACACGCUCAACGACCAGAGUACACUGAUCAGGGGAAUUAUGACUACUCGUACUUGUUCAGACCCGAGCAACACCAUUCAUACGACCCCAGUGGUGGGAGUAGCAGUAGUAGUGGCAACCAGCCAGUAUCAAAUGGACGGACGGGAGCAUCGCCAUCCUCAACUCCGUGGAGCGGUGGUGGUCCGUAUACUGCGACAUCGGGAAUCGAGACCUCUUGGGAUUGGUAUGCACGACAGCAAAGUCAAGGAUCGAGUCAGCAGCAACAAAGAGACCCGCGUUCAAUGGCGAAUUUUGCUCAGGAACGAUUGACUGGGUCGUUUGGAUGGCCAGAAAGUAGAAAUGGCGGGAAUGGGGGGGAUGGAUAUGGUCACUCAUUAUAUGGGUCCUAUACCGGUAUAAAGAAGGAGGACAAGAAGGAUGGAGAACGGAGUGCGAAGAAGCCAAGGGUGGAUGCACCUUUUAACGUCGAAAAUGAAUUAGCACAACUUAAAAUGCACUUAAAUGAAAUCAUAAACCUAAUAAAACCUUUUGCUCCGCAAAAAGGCCAACCAGCGCCCGAACAACCACCACCACCAUACCUUUCCACCCGCUUCGCUCGUCUCUCUUCUGUCAUCCACGAAUCUCUUCAAAACCUCUCUCCUCAUGUCCACGUCAACCUCUCUCCAGAGUUUGUACCCACAUACCAACCGCCCGAAAAGAAGGUUACAGCUGCUAAUGGCAGUGAGAAACGCUCGUCUCCUGCUCUUGGGACGGCGGGGGCAGAGAUGGAUGGGAAGGGUCUAACGAAGACGAAGACGGCAGAAGAAUUGGCAGCGGCAGAGAAGGAGAUGGAAAUCAUAAAAAAGAGGAGAGACGCUUUAAUUGCCAAGGCGCAGGCUGCGAUAGCCAGGGGUGGGACACCGAAGGCGAACAAUGCCAAAGGCGGAAAGAACGCCAACAAAACAAAUGGCGGCAAGUCGAAUAAAUCUAGUCCUCUCAAAGACAAUUCCACCAAGUCACUCCCUCUAUUUACCCCUACCUCACCUAUCCCCCGUCUUCCUUCUCUGUUAAACCAUAACAAUCUCGAAGCAUUAACCGGAGGGAGCGAAUUCAGCUCAUCUUUCCUUCCUCCGAUCACUACCACCAUAAGUACGGCGAUGGCAGACCGUCUCGCUCAGGCACAGCCCGUCAUACAGCAAAGUUUUCCACAAGAUUCGAUGCCGUUUAGCAUUUUUUCGCAAGAUAGUAUGGCAUGGUUGAGAAGAUGCCAUGGGUGUGGAAGUUCAGUCACGUCAGAAUGGAGGACAGGACCUGAUGGUCCGGAUAGUUUGUGCGAUAUCUGUGGUAUGCACUAUGAACGGUUAUCAAGGAAGAAGGAUCUGUUAUCAUUUCCACAACCGGGACAUAUUGAUGGAGAUACAGCGUUUGUAUUAGGCUCAUAGGUGUUGUAACGAAUCGAUAGAUGCAAGUUCAGGCGUUUUAGGGUCCCAUUUAUAUUCAUAGAAACUACCUUACGGGCGAGACUUGAAGAAGAGAAAAAAAGAAGUUGCCUUGUCGAAGUCGUGUUAUUUUUUGAUAGGUUCUGGGUAACUCAUGAGGGUUUUAAUUCACUAUAAUACAUUUUUGUGUCUGGUAUAAUGGG